UAAAAAUUAUCAGUCAAAACUAUCAUUCAUUUUUAUCUUAAAAUUAAGAUAAACUUUUAAUGCGCGCAUGUGUGCUGCAUUUUGUUUUUGGCGCCCUUAUGAUACGGAAGUAUGACGUGUUUUUUUACUUCCACGAUUUUUUGUUUUCUUUUCCUGCCUGGUACAGCAUGCAAUGUGCGCGCGUACUAGAGUGUCUAGCAUAUAUAAGGGAAAUUUUCGAAAAAUAAUGGUCAUUGAUUCAACAAGAAAAGUAAUUUUCACUGACACUUUGACAGAGUGGAAAAUAUUUGGCGCUAAAUAGGACUUCUGAAAGAUAUCAACAGGGACUAUAUAACAGGGAUUAUAUAAACAAUCGACAGCAGAGAUUAAUAAUUAACACAAUUUUUGUUUUCAAAUAAAUAUGCCGGGAUCAUCGUGGACUGUUGUAAAAUUCAACAAAGAAAAUUCAGUUGAAGCCGUACCAACUGCAUGGAUUAAUAAUAAUCGUUGUUAUUGGCCAUCUUUCCAACAAGAUAAAGUAAUAGCAGCAAUUCGAAAAAAUGAAGAGCCGGAUAUACAUUGGCCUUCAUAUGGAAUAACCAUUUUUCGAAAUAGCACUUACAAUGAUUACAUAACAGCAAGGGAGAAGUGUAAAAAAGCUGAAAAUACAUCAGAUUUAAACUCGGAAAUGUCUGGUGAAGAGAAGAAAAAGAGGAAAAUUAGGAAAAAGCAAUUUUUUUCUUCUUCUUCAGAAGACGAAUGCAGAUACAAUUUUGUGCCGACACCUCCUUCUUUGAAAGACAAUUAUGGACAAGAUGAGGUAAGAGAAAAUACCGAUGAAGAAGUUGCAAUAACACAAGAUGCAAGAAGUAACACAUCAAGAAGUUCAUGUUCUGGAGAGUCUUUUCAACAUAAUUUGUCUCUGAAAAAGCUCGAGCGUAUAAAAGCUAUAGACAAACAGGUAGCUGCACAACAGGACAAUAAUUUUGAGGUCAAUUGUGUUAAUUCAAGAAAAGAAAAUUUACCAUUUACUAAUUUCGAAUGCACGUGUCACCUUUGUCCAGCACACGUUCAAAUGCAGAAUAAAAAUGAAAUAUAUUUUAAAGAAAUAAUUCGUCAACAAAAUUACUUCAAGGCGCAAUUGUGGCAAACGUCCGAAGACAUUCGAGAGAUAAAAAAUAUUGGAUUAAAUCAAUCUAAUGGCAUUAAUAAUGGCAUUCAAAGACAGGAAUCAGUUUUCUGUUUUUUUACACUUCCAUUAGAAACGGAAGAAGAAUUACAAGAAGUCGAGCAAUUUUUAAAAAACCAAGUCAAUUUUGAGACAUCGGUAACAGAAGCAUUACGUACUGGUGGCAAACAUUGCUAUGAAUUUGUGAAACGAAAUUUGAACCAACUUCUAAGUAAUAAAUUAGCACAAACCUACAGUUGGUUUGGAAAGAAACAUAAAAAGAAGUUUUAUGAAUUGAAAUUGGCGGAAAUGUUAAUUGCUGCAGGGGAAAGAUACAACGAAUCAUUUACGAAAAAGGAUAUAGAAGAAUCUGCACAAAAGUGGCUACGAAGAGCAAAGGAACGAUUCGAUGCAAGUGAAACAAAAUUGGCGAAUAUGAAAUGAAUAAUUUUUACAAAAUGCUAUAAGAUAUAAGCCAUAUGACUUCGAUUAUUCAACUGAUAUGUGUGAUCAAAGACAAGUUUUAUUUAUUGCAUUAUUUUUAUUUUUUGUUUAGUUGUUUUCUGAGCGACAUUAUAUUAAGAAAAAGAUAGAUUUUCUAUAAAACACGCCGUCAAAUUUAAUUUAAACGUAUAAAUAACACGUUAAACAAUAUUUAGAUU